CAAGGAGGCUGCACAGAUGAUCAAAUGCAUGGAAGCAACAAAGCAAACGGUACUGCCAGUUUUCCAUGAUGUCACGCCGAAUGAAGUUCGGCACCAGACGGGAGAUGUAAUGAUUACGCUCUGGCCUUCACUGACCAUAUGAAGAAUCAUUCCUCGGAUACCGUGGAAGAGUGGAGGACUGCUCUUUCGGUGCUCGGGAAUUUGAAGGGAUGGGAUCUAACAGUUCCCAACAGAUAUCAAGGGCAGUCAGUACAAGAGAGAGUUUCAGAAGUCUGGAAACAAUUGAAUAAACCCCGUCUUGGUGUGUCUGACCAUUUGGUUGGAGUCGAUGAUCACGUGGACGAAGUUAUGGACUUGCUAAACAUGGGAACAGAAGAUGUAAGAAUUGUCGGGAUUUGUGGAAUGGGUGGUGUUGGGAAGACCACAAUUGCGAAGUUGGUCUAUAACCAACUCAUGGAUCAAUUUGAACAUUGUAGCUUCCUUGGUAAUAUCAGAGAGAAAUCAUUGCCACCCAAUGGCAUGGAGUCCUUGCAAAGACAGCUUGUCCUAGACAUACUAAGGCAUAAGCAUGAAGAAAUUGCCAAUGUCGAUAGAGGAAAAGGCGUGCUCAAAGACAGGCUUCGCUACAGAAAGGUGCUCAUUGUUUAUGACGAUGUCGAUCGGAGCGAACAACUCAGCAACCUCUUACCAGAUCUUCAUUUCUGUGCUCCGGGAAGUUGGAUCCUUGUUACAACCAGAAACAUAAGUGUUCUGGACGAAUCUCGAGGAGAUCAAAUCUAUAGAGUCACAGAACUGAAUCAGGAGGAUGCUUUCCUACUAUUUUGCAAGCAUGCAUUCAGGCAGAAUUUUCCAAUUGCUGAGUUUGCUGAUCUGUCUUGGCAAAUUGCAAAGGCAACUGGAGGACUUCCUCUAGCUAUUGAGGUCUUAGGUUCUUAUCUAUCUUCCAAAUUACAGGAAGAUAUUUGGCGAGAGGCAUUAGACCGGUUGAGAAAAGAACAAAGCGUCCAAGAUAGAUUGAGGAUCAGCUUUGAUGCAUUAAAUCACGACGAACGGGAAAUAUUUCUGGACAUUGCAUGUCUUUACGCUGGUAUGGAUAACAGGGUUCUCAUUCACAUGUUUAAAGCUUGUGGAUUUUCACCAGAAAGUGCACUUCAGGACUUAUGUCUGAGGUCACUGAUUAAAAUUGGAGAUGAUAAGGAGGUGUGGAUGCAUGAUCAAGUUAAGGAUCUUGGUAGGGAAAUCGUCCGUCAAGAAAACUAUGGUGAACCAGAAGAGCGGAGCAGGCUAUGGCGCUAUGAAGAUGCAAUCGAAGUACUGGAAUGCGGAGAGGGAACAUCAAAGGUGAAAGCCAUCUGCGUACAUCACGGGUUGAAGGAGGCAGAGACACGUUUCAGGGGUGAGGCAUUUGAGAAGUUAACGAGGCUUCUUUUCCUUGAACUAGGCAACUCUAAUUUCCAGGAACACUUUCAAGGGCGCCUACAGAGAUUAAAAUGGCUAAGUUGGCACGGGCAUACGCUGUUGAAUAUACCCUCUGAUUUACAUUUAAAGAACUUGGUUGUCCUUGACCUGUCGAAAAGCGCCAUUAGAAGGGACUGGAUUGGAUGGAGCUCAGUUCAGGUUCUCAAGAAGCUGGAAGUUGUUAAUCUCACGGGUUGCCAAGAAUUAACAGGAACUCCUCAUUUUUUCUCAUUUCCACCUAUCAGAAAAUUAAUACUUGACGGUUGCCAUGCAUUAGUUGCGGUUCACCAAUCAAUUGGGCAUCUUACCAGUCUUGAGUCCCUGAGUCUGAAGAACUGCUGCAGCCUCGAGCAGCUGCCUGAAGAGUUGGGUUCUCUGUCAUCAUUGGCUGAGCUUGUCGUUGAUGGAACACUAGUACAAGAAAUACCUAUGUCAGCAGGUAUGGCAUCUCUUAAAAUUCUCAGUGCCAAAUGGUGCAGGUCACUUACUUUGAUCCCUGCUUCGAUAGAAUGCUUGAAGGAAUUGCAGCACUUGUUUUUGAAUCAUUGUGGGUCACUAAGAGAAAUCCCAUCGUCCAUUGGAGAGUUGCAGUCGCUAGAAGAGCUGAACUUAUCACACACAAGUGUUCGGCACUUGCCUGAUUCUGUUGGAUACUUGAGCAAGUUGCGAGUGCUCGAUAUAAGUCACAGUUCAGUGAGGAGUUUCCCUCAUUCUCUCUGGAAGUUACAAAAGCUAGAAGUACUAAAUGCCUCCCACUGCCGAAGGUUGGCUGGAGCAGUUCCGUUCGAACUCAAAUGCCCAACCUUUCUAAGAGUCUUGGGGUUAGGCUAUACGAAUGUAGAUGAACUCCCGUUGAGUAUCCAUGGGCUCUCUCAUCUCCAAACUCUUGAUUUCAAGAGGUGCACCAAACUGCGGACUCUCCCUGAGCUUCCUUUCAGCCUGGUCAAUCUCAAAGUCACAUGUCCAACUCCAGUGACUGUACUCGCGAAUUUAGCAGGUUUGGUUAACCUAAAUCAGUUGGAGAUUGUUCAAUGUUAUAAUGUCACCCAAAUUCCACAAGAGAUUGGUGCCCUUUCUCAGCUUAAAGGACUUUCAAUUGGAGAUUAUCCAGGACUUAAAUUACUCCCUCAACUUCCAUCAAGUCUCCGUGGUUUGCAGCUCUCACACCUUUCUUCGCUUGUAAGAUUACCGAAUUUAUCAAAGUUGAAAAAGCUGUCCACAUUCUUACUAUGGGAUUGCCGCAGGAUUGUAAAAAUUCCAGGGUUGAAAAAAAUGAUAUCACUGAAAAAGUUAACGGUCAAGAGUCCUUUAGCUAAUUUGGAUGGCCUUGGGAGUCUAUCGGCUUUAUCUUACUUGUGGGUGGAAGGCUGGGAGUGCAAAAGAUUGCCAAAUUUGUCGGAAUUGAAGUGGAUUCGAGACAUAACAGUGAGAAGCUGUGAUAAUCUGGUAGAAAUUCAGGCCCUGAGUAGCUUGCACACAUUGAGAACUUUAUCGAUCAGGGACUGCAAAUUGUUAAAAGAACUUCUGCUGGCUCGCUGCGGACGACUUGGCCAGGGACAUAUCUUCGAGAUACUUGAACUUACGGGAUUGACAUCAUUGGAGACGCUUGAGGUUCAUGGUUGCGACACGAUAGAGAUGUUACGAGAACUAUCAUCGCUGCAAAAGUUAAAAAAACUUGUGCUGGCUCGCUGCGAACGACUUCAGAUAUCUGAACUUACGGGAUUGACAUCAUUGGAGACGCUUAAGGUUCAUUGUUGCGACGCGAUAGAGAUGUUACCAGAACUAUCAUCGUUGCAAAAGUUAAAAGAACUUGCGCUGGCUGGCUGCGGACGACUUGGCCAGAUACCUGAACUUACGGGAUUAACAUCGUUGGAGACGCUUAAGGUUCGUGGUUGCGGUGCGAUAGAGAUGUUACCAGAACUAUCAUCGUGUCAAAAGUUAAAAGAACUUGUGCUGGUUUACUGCAGAGGACUUGGCCGGAUACCUGAACUUACGAGAUUGACAUCAUUGGAGACGCUUAGGGUUCAGAGUUGCAAUGCGAUAGAGAUGUUACCAAAACUAUCAUCGUUGCAAAAGUUAAAAAACCUUGAGCUGGCUUGCUGCGGACAACUUGGCCAGAUACUUGAACUUACGGGAUUGACAUCAUUGGAGACGCUUGUGGUUCAGGAUUGCUACGCGAUAGAGAUGUUACCAGAACUAUCAUCCUUGCAAAAGUUAAAAAAACUUGCGCUGGCCGGCUGCGAACGACUUGGCCAGAUACCUGAACUGACGGGAUUGACGUCAUUGGAGAUGCUUGAGGUUCAUGGUUGCAACGCGAUAGAGAUGUUACCAGAACUAUCAUCGUUGCAAAAGUUAAAAAAACUUGCUCUGGCUAGCUGCGGACGACUUGGCCAGAUACCUGAACUCACUGGAUUGAGAUCAUUGGAGAUACUAGAGAUUCGUAAGUGUGUAGGGAUAGAGAUGUUGCCGGAUCUAUCCUCAUUGCGUAAGUUAGAACAACUAAGUCUGGCUAACAACGAACGACUUGGACGAAUACCUGAGCUCACAGGAUUGGCAUCAUUGAAGAUACUUGACAUUUCCGGAUGUGGGGCCAUAGAGAUGUUACCAGAUAUAUCAUCGUUGUGUAAGUUAGACAAACUGAAUCUGGCUUGCUGCAAGCGACUUCGACAAAUCCCUGAACUCACAGGAUUGGCAUUGUUGAAGUUAUUAAUCAUUCAUGGGUGUGAGGCGAUAGAGAUUUUACCAGAAGUAUCAUCUAGAUGUGAGGUCAUUGGGGGGGCCGACCGGGGCAGACUACAGACCUAUUAGUAUUGGAACCAAGGGAUAUACUAGGCGUGCAAUGGACAAUUUUGGUUCACAGGCUUCUGUGAAACCAAACUGUGGAUGGCCAAUAGAAGAGUGUUGGUCCCUCCAAAAAGCUUGUGCCCAAAAGUAGGGGAAGUGGCACGGCAUGUCAAUUUGGGAACAAUGACAUGGCGUGAGAGGGUCAGAGGACAAUCGGCAUAUUACUUUCAGAGGGAGGGAAAAGUACAUAUCCAAUGGAAGUACUCCAUGUCCUGUGGUGCGGAGCAAUGAAAGAGCUGGCAUUUUUGCCAAAUCUGCAGAAGUUAAGAGAAUCAAGACAGCAUGGUUGCCAAAGUCCUGUAGAGAUUUCAGGACCCGUGAAGCUGGCUGCGAAGAAAGUAAUCAAUGGCUCCCCAGUGUGAAGCAAUAGAGGAGCUAUCAGAUCUUUCUACACUAACAGAAGCUAAGAAACUGCAACUCUCAAUUGCCAACGUCUUGCUUGAGUUCAAAGACUAGGGGAGUUGGUUUCUUGGACGUAUUCUAUCUUUCCUGGUCUGAAGCAAUAAUGGGGCCACCAAAAUCUGUGAUGCUGCAGAGAUUUAAGAGAACUGAGAUUGUGUAACUGUCAACUUCUUUUAGACUCCUGCAAUUGGCAACAUCGGAAUCACUCGGCGUUGCUUGGUGUGCUGCAAUGAAAAUACAUGCCUGACAGUGGGUAGGCAUUACUCUCCACCAUUGUCAGCUCUUCUUAUCACACAGCUGAAAAUUCACCCUUCUUGCUAUGAGUACACGAGUUCAAAUUGUUCUUGCCCACCCUAAAUUUGUUAGUUUUUCCCGUAUAAAUAAAUAAGGCUCCUUUCAUGAGUGAGUUAUUUAGGCAGGAGCAAUAUGAUUGAUUUUAUUUAGACAAAGAUUGUGUUAACUUCACGUUGCAGGGCUAUAUAUAGAUACUCAAUUUUCAGCAACAAUCUCUAUAAGUAAAACGAAAAAGUCACACGUGAUUAUGAGGGGAUGUUUUUUCUACAUUAUGUGGAAAUUCAAAUUCUAUUGCAUCUGCUCAGAUGUCUAGCCAGAUCAUUUUCUACAAGAAGCGUUGAGAUAAUUAUUUCUGAUUAAGUAGAUAAGAUUAGCGAGAUCAAUCAAAGAUAAAUAUUGUAUGUAAUUCCUUGGGUUAUGGGCUGGCCUCAGAAGGGGCGAGGCAUCCUGUGUCUAUUGAUGAGGGCACUUCUCUUUAUCAUCCAUUUUCAGAUCUCACGAUGAGUUGUGUAUGAUCGCCAUUAUCACAGGUUAGUAUUACCUUAACGAAAACGACAGUCUGAUCUGGAAAGAAGUUUUUGAUAUUUUUCACUGUUUAGUAAAUAACCAUGUCUCUUACAGAAACUAUGUUGUCCCCUGCCAAAUGGAUGCCAGUAUAUUGUGAGGUCUCAACUCUCGACUUUAUAACAUAGCAAGGCCUAAGCAGAAACAGAAUGGCGUCUGAGUGAAGCAGGAGCUGAAACGAGGCAUCCCGUGUCUAUUGAUGAGUUCAGUUCUCUCUUUCAUCCAUUUUCACAUCUCACGAUAAGUUGUACAUUAUCACCAUUCUCACAGGUUAGUCUUAGCAUAAAGAAAAAAGCAACCUGAUCUGGAAAGAAGUUUUUGAUAGCUUCAUUGUUUAGUAUCUGACUAUGUUACAGUCACCACAGGAAAUGUGUUGUUCACUGCCUAAUGGAAGUUUGAUGAAGGAACAAAUUUAGAAAAUUUAGGUUACACGUAAGAGAACGCAAAUACCGUUUUUCAUUAUUGCAGCAUAGUUCAGGUCCUCAGCAGUCCUGAAUACAUGUAUCAUUUUCGUGAAUGGUUCUCACCACCACUCUGAAAAUCAAAUCUGAGUGAAAGCUGUUUUAGGUAUCAGCUGCUAGCCUACUUCUACCAAAAGCACUGCUUGAUGUAAAUUCACGUCCGUUGCUUGUUAGCAAGCCUUAGGUCUAGCUAGCUCUUUUGGUCGACUGGCUUCUUAUUUGCAUAGUUGUUCUAAAUCGAUGCAGGGAAUUUGCAGAUAGCCAGCAGAUGUUGAUGCUGGCCAAAACAGGCCAGUCAGAGUUAUAAUUGCUCGUGCUAAAACUGGCAAUCUGCCGGAGAGGAAGCAGGGAUCGCUUUGGUGCUGCUCUGAUAACAGUCAGAGUCGUGAAGCGUAUUCUAUGUAAGCAAUUGUGAAAUAGCAGGACAGUGGAAUCAACAUAUUCUUUAUCCUAGCAAAUGUAAAAGCCAAAUGAACCAGAAUUCACAAAGGCAACUGGAAAUAAACAGGACAACUUGUACCUGUAUCUGGUUUGUUCCAGACACCUCUCGUCAACAACAGGUCCUAAAAUCAUCCAUACGCUUAUACUACACUAUAGAAGAUCCGUAUUUUCUGUUCAA